GUCAAAAAAAGAGAAAAACAAACACUAUCCUUUGGCGUACACCACAGAGGCACCAUAGCUACAAAAUUGGCUCCAUUCCCGUAAAGAAGAGUGAUCGCGUAAAUAAUUGCGCACAUGGGGUGUUUCGGAAGAGCGGCAGAAUAAAAGCGCCCUUUAAAAAUGUAGAUGUGCGCAUGCUCAUACGCAGGUCCGUUUUUGAUUUAUAAUGCAUUUUAUCCUUUAAAUGGCACAAGCUCGAAAUAGGGAAGGGAUGAGUGCCAUAUGCAUGUGUGCCAUGUGUACGUGACCAUUUGUAUGUGUGCCAUAUGCAUGUGUGCCAUGUGUACGUGACCACUUGUACGUGUUCCAUACGUAUGGGUACCGCUCGCACGUGACCACUUGUGCACAACAAAGUGUAUUCUCAAGUUGACACUGCCUCUGAGGUUGCAAGAACCCUUUGGCCGCAUCUCCAGGGCAACAUCGGGAAAGCUGCGGAAGGAUGAACGAAACGAGAUCCUACAAAUGGUACCUUGAGAACGGCUGCGAAAUCGUGCCCCUGAAGCGGGGGGGCAGCCGGGAAAGCGACUACUCCCUGAUGCUGCUGGACAUCCAGGCGGACUUCUCCGAGUUUCUGAUCGAAGAGAAGAACAUCAUCAGCGAUGAGAAGCUAGUCAACCCGGAGGGGAACAUAUUCAACCUACAGAAAAAGCAGUGCUCACAAAAGCAAAAGAAAGCGGGGCUCACAGAAAGAGAAAAGUACGUGUACGAAAUUGACCAUCUAUGGGCCUACAUCGAAUGGCACUACAAUUUCGAGGACGAGAUAAAGGUGCAGAAGAACAUGGUGAGCGAUGUAGGGAAGUUGAGGAAGGUACCCAGGAUGUAUGUGUCUGCCCAUAUAAUCGAAGGGAUGAUACAUGAAAUGUCGAAGAAUGAAAAUAUUUGCAUGUUGAAGUAUACCACUUACCCCAGCUUUUACAGCAAGUAUGGCAGCGAUAUGGAAAAGGAGAAGAAGAAGCAGGGGGAGAGUGGCAUUUACAAUCGGUGCAACUACAUAUACGAAGUUUGCGAUGUGGCAGACAAGUCGCUCGUUUUCGCCAGCAGCCCGGUAAUCAACACGACGAUAAAAAACAUCCUCAGCAUCACCAAGAGUGGAAAAAAAAGGGAAGACUUUAAUGAAGAGCAGGAGGAGAAGGAAGAUAUCGUGCAGGACGAAAUUUGGCAAAUUUAUUUAUCAAAAAGGAUUAAAUGUAUAAACGAUCAGUGGCUGUUAAUUUGCAUCAACCAGGAGCUGAAGGAAAUUAUAAAAAAGUCUGGAGAAAUUUAUUUCAAAAUUUUUAAUAAGUACAUAAAAGAGUACAACGAUUUUUUGAAAAGCCACAACUACAACACUUCGGAUGAUAAAAACGACAUGCAUGGCUCCAGCAUGUUUCGGGGGCACCAUGACAAGCACAACAUGUUUGAGAUGAACAAUGGUCCUAAUGAAAGCUUAAAUUCGGAGCGGCUUAAAAAGUAUCGAGUGAAUUUAAUUUUCUCCGGCAAUAAGGACAUUAACUACAUCCUCUACAAGUUGUGCCUCAACUUGGGCAAAUUUAACGACGCCGUCCUGUGCACCAAAAAUAAAACGUACAACAUUCUGCUCAACGAUAUUGACGGCACGCUGGCCAUUUGCCUGAAGUCCUUUUGUUCCAAGUACUACGGGGGGAACGCGGCGGGGAGUAACGCAGCGGUAGGGAGCAGCACAGCGGGGGAGAGUUUCUCACCGGAGGAGCUGGUCAAAACGCUGUCCAUCAUGGGGCUCUGCAAGGAGAAGCUCGUGCUGUCCGAGAAGGCCACCAUCUUCAGCAACAUCGAGCUGCUGUUUUCGUACUACCUGAUCGUGCACAGCGAGUCGCUGGAGGGGGGGGCCGGCCAGGACGGCGGCGACGAGGAAGGCGGCGAUGACCAGCACAGCUGUGAUGACAAAGAAAGCGGCGAUGACAACCGCUGCUCUGCCGCGAACCACUGCUCUGCCGCGAACCAGGACGGCGUCAUCUACCUGAGCAGGAAGGCCCUCUUCGAAAACCUGCAGUUCUCCACGGAAGAAAUCUGCAGCUACCUUCUGCACCUGCAAAAGUACAGCACCAACAACUUGCUGUUCGUGAAAAAAAGGGGCUUCCGAUACGUCAAAAGUGAAGUAGUAUACGAAUUUCUCGUUAAGAUAAUCGAGCUGGUGAGCAUCCACGACGAGCUGUACGCGCAACAUCACGUGGAGCGGGGGAGAGCAAGCAGCCCGCCCUUCAAGCAGUACAGGGACGACCUGCACAGGGUGGUACGGAAGAGACACGGCAUCACACUGCAAAGUUUAGUCAAUCUCAUUCAACAGAACGAGACCGAAUUUGCUUUUUUAAAAAACAACAAAAUUCCAAUGGACACGUAUAUCAUCCUACAACUCUGCUGGAAAUGCUGCGACAUAGAGAACAAGCACUUUGACUUCUUUAGCCUCUACUAUAAUUACUACUUCUUUUAUGAAUACCUAAAUAGGCAUUCUGAGGAGCUUUCCUUUGAGGGGAUAUUUGACCAUUACCUUCACUUCUUGGAUGACGACAGUCAGGUGAGCGACACGGUGGUGUACUUCAACCUCUUCAAAUUGCACAACAUUAUUUCUUUAAACAUUCUACGCUCCAGUGGCAAAGUUGUGAUUCACUCGGAUGAACUAUUCACCUUUGACAUGGACAUGUUCACUUAUGUUAAGUACAUCGACGAGAUGUUCCGCAAUUUUAAUUCGAGCGUGAUGGACCGAAUGAUACAGGACUUUAUCAAGUGCUACCAGUUUUUCCUCGACUGUGGGUAUGAGCGGCGGGUGGGUGGCGAGACGGCCCUGCGGAGUUGCCCGUCGAAGGCGUUUCAGGAGUUUGCACCGAUGGACACGGCCGCCAACGCAGCUGACGUAGCUAAUGCAGCUGACGUAGCUAACGCCGCUAACGCAGCCAACGCCGCUAACGCAGCCAACGCCGCUAACACCGCUAACACCGCCAACGCGUACAAAGACCGAGUGCUCUUCCGAAACAACACCAUCCUCAACGUCAGCAACAUCAACCACAUCUGCAACGACAGCUGCAUGUUCGAGUACUUCAUCGUGGUCAAGUACUAUUACACAGAUAAUAGCUUCUCCCUGCUCGAGAAAAAGCUGAAGAAAUUUAUACACACAGUUGAGGAAGACUUCGCAAGUGCGCACAUGACAUCCGCCACGGAUUAUUCCUCCUCUGGAUCUGGAGCCGGGGGAGGAGGGACUUCCUACGAGAUCAGGCACAAUUAUAAAGCGAAUAGCAAAAAGGCCAAAAGUAACUACUGCUUGAAUUAUAAAAUUUUUAAGUACCAGACAACUUCCUUCCCACAAAUACGGCUGAGCGAUAACUACAACGAGCUGCUGUGCUCUGUGUACACCCCCCUGUCCAUUCACUUCUCCAUUUUUCACGAAAAUGUAAUUUAUAAUAAGAAGAGGAACUCCUUUCAACUCAUCCCGUCCUUUUUGCUGAAGGAGAAUUUGCGUAGCUGCCUGACUGCUCUGUUCACCUUCAAGAAUUCCUACUUCGCUCAGGAGUUUUACCCCUUUUUGAAUCCCCUGCUGAAUAACAAGGACCUCAUCGGCACGAUCGCCGUGCCCCCGCUGCGCCACUGCAGGACCAAGCCCAUCGAGCGCGAAAACGAAAAGAACGUGGAGUUCCUGGAAACGGGAAGCAUCGUUCUCUCGACGCUGAACAGCGACAUGAAGAGCUACACCAAGUUCGGUGCCCACAGUCGCAAGUUCGUUGAGAAGCUGUGCAAGCUGUACAACUGCAACUUGCCCGUGAACAGCUUCUCCCCCUGA